UCGACAGAAAUCAGCUGACGCCCCCAGGUCUCCUCAAACAGAUCGGGCUUCUCAUUAUCGGUGGAAGCUGGGUUUUUCUCACCGGCGCCUGGGCUAGACAGCCAUCAGUGGACUUGCUCUUCUACGUACCCUCUUCUCAAAAGAAAAAUCCCUAACUAAGUGUUCACCCUUUGGAACUCGAUUCAUGCAUACAAACAGAUUUGAUGGCAACGGCGACUACUAAUCUGCUCUUCCAAACAAACCCAUUGAAGUGGAAGCAAUGCUACCCAAAUCGGUUCCGCCUCCUUCGUCCUCUCUCGGCCCAACCAGUCAAGCUCAGUGCAACCUUCAACCAAAUUAAGCUUCAAUCCUUGGAGAAGAGCCGCUUGAUCGCAACCAACCCGAAAUCAAAAUCAGCGGCCGAAUCUCUGCAGUACCGUCCAGCAGAAAACCCUGAAACAUGUGUCGUCAAUAAACUAUGGAAAUAUGCUCGGAAACCCGUGACCACCGCGGCUGUGCUUUUGGGUGUGUUGUUGCUCAUGUACAGACCCAAACCGGCACUGGCUUCCUCAGUUGGGCGGGUCCGUGCAACCUGCUCGCCCUACGAUUCCGCUGAUACGGAGUCGCAGCUCCGGUACAUUGACGCGCGAGACUAUAGUAUGUCGCGUACGAGUGUGGAUACUAUGGGGUGGGUGUUAUAUCCUUAUGCGCUAUACUAUGGGGCACUUGCUGCGCUAUUCGUAAUGUGCCGAUUGCUAAAAUGUCUCGACCCUUCUGUGCUCGAAUGGUUUAAGCGCCAAGUCAAAUUCUUAUUCUUGAUCGUUAUUAUUCAUCGUAUGUGGGCAACACGCCAUAAUCCAUCAACUGUUGUCAAGCUUCAGCUCCAGGUUAAUUUAUCGAAUGCUGGACGAGCACUCCAAACGGAUCUUAAUCGGAUUGCUGAAACUGCAAAUACUUCUACCUAUACGGGUGUAAACAGUAUUUUGACAGAGACAGCAGGAACUUUUCUCAGGCAUCCUGAUUGUUUCAUCUCAGCCAGUUCAUAUGUGGCUGGGAAAUAUGGUAGGGAUGGGGCACAAAAUUACUUGGAUCAACUAUCUCUUGAAGAGAGGAUUAAAUUAAGCGAAAAGCCACUUGUCAAUGUGAAGAACUUAAAAGCAGAAAGCUCAACAAGCCAAAAAUCACCAAAUGAAAUCCAAGAUGAAUAUAUGGAGGUAAAUGAGAAUCAACUUGAUAUAAAAGCAGAAAGCUCAACAAGCCAAAAAUCAGCAAAUGAAAUCCAAGAUGAAUAUAUGGAGGUAAAUGACAAUCAACUUGAUAUAAAUGCGGAAAGCUCAACAAGCCAAAAAUCAGCAAAUGAUAUCCAAGAUGGAUGUAUGAAGGUUAUAAUAUUGGUGGCUGUUGUCGGGAAGCAUGAGUUUCCCACCAUCAAUUCCUGGGAUGACUUGAAGGAAGUUUUGCAACUGCUUACAUCCAUAGAUCCUGAUGACGGUAUAUAUGCAUAUGGAGUAGAAGUGUUGUGGAGUCCUCAAUCCUCUUCCUCAUGGGGCUGGAGAAGAUGGUUCAAAUGAGAAAAACAUUCUUUAAUUUCGCAAAAAAGUUGCUCAGAAAGUUUGUUUACAGAACAAUAUUUUCUAGGAAGUUAUUCAGAAAUGUUAUGUAUUAUUAGUUUCUCUUAAUAGUAAAUAUUAAUUUGAAAGAAAUAUUUCUCCAAAUUUCAAGAGAAUUUUGUCUUCUAGUUUGAUUUAUAUUAAAGUGAAACAGAAUGGCAUACAUUAUAGUCGCACUCAGCUGAUGAUUACUCACUCGCCUUGCUUGCAUGCUUAUUAUGGAGAUUGUAUUUGUCCACUGGCUCGAGAGGAAUCAUUUCUGCCCCUCGUGCCGAUACCCACUGCUUACUGUGGAGGUGGAAAUGGAAGCAGGUGAACCAUCAGACCAUUCAAGGCCGCCCCCGGCAUUGGGAUAUGCUUAUGACGUCUGCCGGUGGUAUAAUAAAUACUGCUUCAUGCAUUGGUUUGCAGAUGAUUGAAGCCAAGUUAAAGAUGAAAAUAUCAGAUAACCUUGUGUAUGUUCUGCCAUAAGUGGCCGCGUAUUCUUCAAAGUUUUUGUAAAUGCCUUUUGAAUAUAAAACUAGAUGCAGACAGA